CAUUCCUGAUCCCUCUUCCUGCUCCUUUCCCCCCCUUCCACCUCCCCUCUUCCUCUUUGGCUACGUGGUGGUCGCCCGGGCAGACACCCAGACAGUAAGGCAGGCACUCUCCGUGGGGGUGGGGAAAGGGGCAAGCCACGGGGGUCCAGAGUGAGGGGACGAAGAGAAAACUCCCCCCUCAUUCCUGCUCCCUCUUCCUGCCCCUUUGUCCCACCCCUCCCCUGCCCUCUUCCUCUUUGGCUACGUGGUGGGAGCCCCGGCUGACCCCCCGACAGUCAGACAGGCACCCCUUGCAAGGUGGGGGAGAGGGGUGAGCCAUAGGGGUCCGGGGCGGGAGGCAAGUUUGGAGGGCUGGGCGAAGGUCUCCGGGCAGGGCGGCUGCGGCAGCGGGAUGGCACCCGGCGGCCGGGGCCGGCCCCCCCGCCUCGGGGUGGCCGCUGCUGCGGGGCGAGCCCUGCUCUGCGCCCUGUGCUUCUGUAGCUCCCUGAGCCCCGGCCGGGCGCAGUACGAGCGCUACAGCUUCCGCAGCUUCCCCCGGGACGAGCUGAUGCCCCUGGAGUCCGCCUACAAGUACGGCCUGGACCAGUACGGCCACGAGAACUGGGCCGAGAGCGUGGGCUACCUGGAGAUCAGCAUGCGGCUGCACCGCCUGCUGCGGGACAGCGAGGCUUUCUGCCACCUCAACUGCAGCAGCGCGCGCAUGGACCCGGACCCGCCCGCCUCGGACCCCGGCCUCGGCCCCCAGCCCCAGCCCCGGGACAGGUUCGCCGACUUCCCCGAGCUGCGGCUCUUCGGGGACCUGCUGCACCGCGCCAGAUGCCUCAAGCGCUGCAAGCAGGGCCUCCCCGCCUUCCGCCAGUCCCAGCCCAGUCGCGAGGUUCUGGACGAGUUCCAGCGGCGGGAGCCCUACAAGUUCCUUCAAUACGCCUACUUCAAGGCAAAUAACCUUCCAAAAGCCAUUGCUGCUGCACACACCUUCCUUUUGAAGCAUCCCAAUGAUGAAAUGAUGCUAAGAAAUAUGGCCUAUUACAAGAGCAUGCCCGGUGCUGAGGACCACAUCAAAGACUUGGAAACCAAAUCCUAUGAGAACCUUUUCAUCAGAGCUGUGCGGGCAUACAAUGGAGAGAACUGGAGGACAUCUAUUACUGACAUGGAACUGGCUCUUCCUGACUUCUUCAAGGCCUUCUAUGAAUGUCUUGCUGCCUGUGAAGGCUCCAGGGAGAUUAAGGAUUUCAAAGACUUUUAUCUCUCCGUAGCAGACCAUUAUAUUGAAGUUCUGGAGUGCAAACUGAAGUGUGAAGAGAACCUCACCCCUGUUAUAGGGGGCUAUCCUGUGGAGAAGUUUGUGGCCACCAUGUAUCAUUAUUUGCAGUUUGCCUAUUAUAAGUUGAAUGACAUGAAGAAUGCUGCUCCAUGUGUUGCCAGCUAUAUGCUCUUUGAUCAGAAAGAUGAAGUCAUGAAACAGAAUCUGGUUUACUAUGAGUACCACAGAGAGAAGUGGGGUCUCACAGAUGAGCAUUUCCAGCCCAGAUCAGAAGCUGUUCAAUACUUUAAUGUAACAACAAUUCAAAAGGAACUCUAUGAAUUUGCUAAAGAAAACAUAAUGGAUGAUGAUGAGGGAGAAGUUGUGGAAUACUUGGAUGAACUCCUGGAGGAAGAAGGAGACGGUUAAUCAGAAACAUACCAAAGAAAUUUCAGAGCAUUGUGGACAUUUCCCCAAGAAGCACAAGGUCCACAAUGGUUCUUCCCUUUACUCCCUUUGCUCAGGUUCAUGAUACCUCAAAGCCUCCCUUUUGUGCUAUGACGUAGAGGGAGAGCACCAGUUUUGAUCUCUCAAUACUCGCUAUAAACAGAAAGACCAACUUAUCCUCCUGUACCUUCUUUCCAUCAAACCUGGCCACCUGUCUGGCUGAACAGGGAUCCUCAACUUUGAUCUCCUUGCUUAGCGUCCUCCAAUGGUGUAAUCUUGUUAAUGAAACCAGCCCGCCUUUCCCACCAAGAGAGACAAUCAUGAAAAUUUUCUGCUGCCGU